AAUAUUGUGCGUCUGCGUUUCCUAACAACCGCUUAUUCACAACACGUGAAUAUACACCAAUCCAUACAAAAUGUAGGCCAAUUGCGAGGCAAGUCAAUACUACGCCGAGCUCUCACGCUUGUGAACUGUUGCUUUUGCGCCGAGCUCUGCUAGAUUUUGGAAAUACGAAGGAGAAAUUCUCUCAACAAAACCGCCAACAUGGCCAUCAUGAAGAGGUGUUGCUGUUUUAAUGAUACCCGCAGUGGUUCAAUGGCUUCUGCUAUAUACUCUCUGAUUUACGCAGUAAUAUUUUGCGCGUUGUCCGGUGCGGGCUUUGCUCUCUUGAACUUACUAGGUGGCAUUGUCCUGGUCAUGUAUUAUUUGAGUUUUGUGGUCUAUGGACUGGUUUUCGUCUGCUCCAUUAUUGGCAUCGUUGGCGUUUCCAAGGACUCUGCCGGACUGAUUAUUCCGUAUAUCGUUGCCGUGCUGGUCAUGAUGAUUGUUGAGCUGGCAUCCUACAUUGUGUGGCUGUCUGUACUGGGUUUUGCAGCGAUUUUACUCAUCAUCCCGUUUGUGAUCUGGUUACUGCUUCUAGCACUCAAUAUUAUGUGUCUGUUGUGCGCCAUCUCCCAAUACCAAGAGCUGAAGGCAGGGCGUGGUACCGUCCAAGACAUUCAGGCCGCAAAUACAACCACAACUGUGAUCAUGACCGGUGGUCCAGUGAUCACGCAGCAGGCCCCAGCAGGAACCUUCAUCGUACAGCAGCCUCCUCCGGCCUACGGACAGCCCAUGAUCCAGCAAGGGUACGCACAGCCACCACCCCAGACUGGGUAUGCGUACCCGCCCCCACAACAGCCCAUCUUGAACCAGCCCGAUGACGGAUUCAAAGCUUAAAUAAAACCGGGGCCCACUUAGCAUUGAAUUCCUUCGCAGAAAGUUACAAUACUGCUAACAAAAUUAUGUUAUGAGCUAAGCCAAAAAAAAAAAACAUACCAAAAAAGCAAGAGCCAACUUCAUGUAGCUGCUGUGCACAGAAACUCCAGGGGGCAUUUUCAUACGGCCAGGGGCCAUUUCCAUAAGUACAGAGACCAUUUUCAUAAGUCCAGGGGCCAUUUUGAUAAGUCGAGAUGCCAGUUUCAUUAAUUCAGGGGCCAUUUUCAUAAAGUUCAGAGGCCAUUGCCAUAGUAGUCCAGGGCCACGAGUCCGGGACCAUUUUCCAAAAUGUUUUGCUUAGUAACAAGAACAUGUAAAGAAAAGGAAAAGAGGAGACUCGAAGUCAAUAUUUUACUGUCAUGUUAAGACCGGAAACCAUCAGAGCUGGCCCUAAAACGCGGCGAAAUAAACAUAUACGCAGGCCCCUAUGUGAAUUGUUUUGAAUUGCGCCCAAGAAAUAAUAAUGAAAUACUUUACUUCUUGCUUGUUUGAAAUUUGAGACUUUGUUUUACAUUUGUGUUGUUUGUGCAAGAUACUUUUGUGAUACCUUGUAGUGUAUUUUUUCAAGUACCUCAACCAAUGAUGCCUUUCACAUUAUAUAUAUUUUAUUGCACAAUUUUGAUAAACAAACAAGAUUUUGCUUGAUUAACUACCGUAAAUUAGUUUGCCAUACCAUAAAAUCAUUUUCAGUAUCUUCACCAAUGAGGCUUUUCACUUAUUAAGAUGUUUACUUUUUUCAUGGAAAUAUUUCGUAGCAAAAAGGUUAUACUUUACGUAUAUUUAUAUACUACUUUGUCCGUUAACUUGUGAAGUGUACUUUUGCCAUUGCUAGUCGUUAUCCCCCAGUAGGCUCCUAUUUUGCCAAUGAGGCCUGCUCAUCUUACAAUGUGGCGCUGUUAUGAGGCGUUUAAAGGAUAAUAUUCUAGGAAUCUAAAGAAGUUGAUGGUAUUCUUAAAAUACAUGCGUGUGAAAUCUAAUUGGUCAGUAUUUUAUUUCUUUUUUUUUUCAGUAUGUUUUCUGUUUGCAGGGGUUAAAAACUAACAUUAUUACGCAAUUGCGGGUUAUUUGAAGGAAACAUUUUGAAAGCUAAUCAUGAUAACUCUGACGAACUCUAUGUAUUUUUAUGCAUAAUUCUGAAUGGAUAUUUGCUUCAAAAGCGUGCAAAGUGUGACAAAAUUAUUCAUUGUCUCACUUCCUAAUUGAAACAAACCUCACACUUUAAUAAGCUGUAAAUAGUGUUUGUAAAGAAUAUGCAGAUUUUUUUUCAAAUUCUGUAGUUUAUUUUUUCAUAUUAAUCACCCUACAUUGGAUAUUUUGUUAUUUUGUUGUAGGUUGCACAAAGCAGCUGUUGUUUGUUAGUUUUUGCAUGUGAGCAAUUCCAGCGUAAUGCAAUGCUCGUGACAUAGCUAUUUAGUGUUCAUAAACCUGAAAACGUAUUUUCAAAUCUUACAUCCAUCAUUACAGACUAUGGGUUUUGAAUCAUUUCUCUAAAACACAAAUUAGAUACAUGUAUCAUGGUUCAUUUGCUCUGUCACAGAUACACAUUUACACUUCCUUUCAUAAAGCUGGAACUGCCCAUAGGCCUACACUAAUUUUAGGAAUAAUGGAAUGCACGUCACUUAACGAGUAAUAUUCUUGUAAAUAUUUUGGAGAGUUAACUGAAAGCAGGCUGACUACAUGUAAAAGCAGGAUGAAAUAUUAUCCUCAAACUGAAAAUAUAUUAAGCAGGACGGCCUGUUGUUAUUAAA